AUGGUGGAGUCCAUAACAUGUGAGACGGCGGAGCUGAUGGCGGAGAAGGGCGUGUUCUUGACCCCGACGCUGACCGCGCAUGCCGCGUCGAAGCAGAUGAACUUCCUUCCGCCGGCUAGCGCAGCGAAAAACGACGAGGUUCUUGCCAAGGGUCUGCGGGCGAUGAAGAUGGCGGUUGAUGCCGGCGUGACGGUGUGCUUUGGCACGGAUCUGCUGGGUCCGAUGCACUUUGCGCAGAGCAACGAGUUCUCUAUUCGGAGCAAGGUCUUGUUGUGUUUGCAGAUUCUGCAGAGUGCAACGGUCAAUGCGGCCAGGCUGUUGAUGCAGGCAGAUCGACUCGGUCAGGUCAAGGAAGGUUUUGCGGCGGAUAUGUUGGUAUUGAAUGAGAAUCCGCUGCAGGACAUUACGAGCCUGGAGAAGGUGGACGAGAAUAUCCUGGGAGUCAUCAAGGACGGAAGAAUUGUUACCUCGCGGUGGGACAAAUUGAAGGCUGAGAUGUAA